UUGAUCUUCCAUUCCAGCAAGCUAGCGUCAAACCAACCACACGAUUUACCUAGCUAUUUUCUAAUAUCAGUGCGGCAAUAAAUUUAAACCUCUGGAAACCGAACUCGUCCAAUCUUCUGGUACCGUUCCUUUGAUGCUACUCCAUUACAGUCUAGCUAUGCUGGUAUUAGACAGGCUUGAGAUGAUCAAUGGAUCCCUUUGCUGAGGUCUUUGUCUGCUUUUGCCUGCUUUUUUCUGUAAGAACAUCCACUGCCGUGGACGUCAUUAAUCCAGGCCAGUCUAUCAGAGAUGGGGAUACCAUAGUUUCAAGUGGGCAGACUUAUGAGCUAGGGUUCUUCACCCCUGGUAGUUCAUCGGGACGAUACGUCGGAAUUUGGUUCAAGAAGAUUUCUACUGGAACUGUUGUCUGGGUAGCCAACAGAGAAACUCCAAUUCUUGAUCGCUCGGGAGUUCUAAGAUUCACUGACCAAGGGAUUCUUCACCUUCUGAAUCGGACAAAUGGCGUCAUUUGGUCAUCUAAUAAAACAAGAACUGCUAGCAAUCCGAUUGCGCAGCUCUUAGACUCUGGAAAUUUUGUUGUGAAGGAUGGAAAUGAUGUCAACCCAAAAAAUUAUCUGUGGCAGAGCUUUGAUUAUCCAGGUGACACCAACCUACCAGGCAUGAAGCUUGGAAGAAACUUGGUUACUGGUCUGGACUGGACUUUGUCGUCGUGGAAGAGCUUAGAUGACCCUGCUAGAGGUGAUUAUACUGCAGGUAUUGAUCCAGGUGGAUAUCCGCAGCUGUUCUAUAAGAAGGGGAGUAAAAUAACAUUCAGAGCUGGUUCUUGGAACGGGAUUCGUUUUACAGGGGCUGCUAGAAUGAGACCAAAUCCCGUGUACAAAUACGAAUUUGUGUUGAAUGAAAAAGAGGUAUAUUACAAUAUUCACCUUCUAAACAGUUCAGUGAUAUCAAGACUGGUGGUGAAUGCCUCGGGGGUUACAGAGCGCUUAACAUGGAUAGAUCAAACACAUAGUUGGGCUCGUUUCUUCGCAAUUGGGGAAGAUCAGUGUGACGCUUAUAAUCUCUGCGGUGCAAAUGCUAAAUGCAAUAUCAAUAACAUACCCAUGUGUGAUUGCUUGGAAGGGUUUGAACCCAAAUCUGUAAGAGACUGGAGUUUCCAAGAUUGGUCUAGUGGGUGUGCUCGAAAGACUGCCUUGGCCUGCAGUGCAGGAGAAGGCUUUGUAAAGAAUCCAGGAAUGAAGAUGCCUGACACGUCUGGGUCAUGGUUCAAUAGGAGUAUGAGCCUCAAGGAAUGCGAGGAUUUGUGCUUGAAGAAUUGCUCUUGCGUUGCAUAUGCGAAUACGGAUAUUACUACAAGAAGUGGAUGCUUGCUUUGGUUUAGUGACUUGAUCGACAUUAGGGAAUUCACUGAUACAGGCCAAGACCUAUACGUACGAAUGGCUGCUUCAUAUCUAGGUGAGAUCAAGAAGAAGGAAGAAUCCAGGAGGGAGAAGCGAAUAGGAAUCAUUAUCUGCACCACUGUAUUUGGCGCAGGUGUGCUUGUACUUGCAUGGAUCUUGUAUACUAGGAAAAGGAGAAUUCAAAUCCGAGAGAAAAUGAGAAGCGUAAUUGGAAGAAGUUACAACGAUCAAAGCAGAAAUGAAGAGUUCGAGUUACCAAUAAUUGAUUUCAUCACCAUAAUGAAGGCCACAGAUAACUUUUCAAGCCGAAACAAGCUUGGAGAAGGUGGUUUUGGUCCUGUAUACAAGGGCACAAUAGAUGGGCAAGAAAUUGCAGUAAAGAGGCUUUCAAUAAGUUCUGGACAAGGACUUGAAGAGUUUAAAAAUGAAGUUCUAUUAAUUGCUAAACUUCAGCACCGAAAUCUUGUCAAGCUUCUUGGUUGUUGCAUCGAUGGAGAUGAAAGGAUGUUAAUUUACGAGUACAUGCCCAACAAAAGCUUGGACUUCUUUAUUUUUGAUCAAUCAAGAAGCAAGCUACUGGACUGGAACAAGCGCAUCAACAUCAUUGAUGGAAUUGCCAGGGGGCUUCUGUAUCUUCACCAAGAUUCAAGACUCCGGAUCAUCCAUAGAGAUCUAAAAGCCAGCAACGUUCUGUUAGAUAAAGGUAUGAAUCCAAAAAUUUCAGAUUUCGGCAUGGCAAGGAUAUUUGGUGGAGAUCAAACUGAGGCUAAUACAAAUAGAGUUGUGGGAACAUUUGGGUAUAUGGCUCCUGAGUAUGCUGUUGAUGGACUCUUCUCUUUGAAAUCCGACAUCUUUAGCUUUGGAGUAUUAGUAUUAGAAAUAGUGAGUGGGAGGAAAAAUAGAGGAUUUCAUAGUCAUGAUCAUCUCCAUAACCUUGUUGGACAUGCAUGGAGAUUGUGGAUGGAAGAAAGGCCACUUGAAUUAAUCGACAAUAUGUUAGAGAAGUCUGCUGUCUUUUCAGAAAUAAUAAGGUGUAUUCACGUAGGGCUGCUAUGUGUACAGAAGCAACCAGAGGACCGGCCAAACAUGUCAACUGUAGUGCUAAUGUUAGGGGGUGAGAGUUCGUUGCCCCAGCCAAAGCAGCCUGGCUUUUUCACAGAAAGGUUCAUGCCUAAGACAGAGUCUUCUUCAAGCAAUUGCAGAUCAAUUUCAGCCAAUGAAAUCACUAUCACAAUGUUAGAUCCGCGGUAGAAGAUUAUUAAGAAAAACAAAGUAAAUAAAAAAUAAUCUGAUGGUAUGGAAAUGAUAUUUAGGUAGCGAAUGCUUGAUCUUGUGGACUUCUGUCUUGAGAUGUACACAAGAGGCACACUGCUAUAUGUUGGCACUGGUUAAUCAGUAAGAUUUUUUUUUUUAAUAAAUUAUAAUGAUUUUGGUA